CAAUUGGAAGAAAACAGAGAAUAACAAUGUCAGAUUAUCUCCAUGAAGAAGUGGUGGCUGAAAUCUUGAAGAGACUGCCAGUCAAAACUCUGUUGAAAUUUACAAGUGUGUGCAAAUCAUGGUAUGCUCUAAUCACAAACCCUAAUUUCAUUUCCCUUCACUUAGCUCACACCACUGAAUCCAAUAGAUUCUACCAUCUUGUCAUCAAUUAUUUUACAAAAUCAGAAUUUGUGUUGCACAAUGAUAAUGAGUCGUUUAGUGAGUACAAACAACUCGAUUUGCAUUCAUUUAGUGAGUUUGGAAAUGAUGUUUGGAUGGUUGGUUCAUGUAAUGGUCUCAUUUGUUUGUCUUCUCCAACAUUUAAGCGCCUAAUUGUAUGGAACCCGACAAUUGGAGAGUUUAUUACAACUUCUUAUACUGAGAUUUGCGAAGGGCUUACUAAUUUUUUUGGCUUUGGGUUUGAUAAGAAGACCAGUGACUACAAAGUGGUGAGAAUUGUUUAUGCUUUUGCAAAUACAGCUUCUCCACCAAUUGCUGACAUUUUCGAACUUAGCUCCAAUUCUUGGAAGACCGUUACCGGUAAGAAUCUACAUUAUGAUGUUAAUGUUAUAGGACGUCAUGUUGAGUUGAAUGGUGUUUUUUAUUGGUUUGUAAGAUUGCGUAAUGGUAGAAAAAAAAUGAUAACCUCAUUUGAUUUGAGCAAUGAAGCAUUUCAAGAGUUGAUGCCCCCUCAUGCCCUAGCUGAAAUAGACGAAAAUCACAGUCGUUUAAUAGUGUACAGCCAGUCAUUAGCUAUGGUACACUAUGAUAAAUGGAAAAGAUGUUCGAUUUGGGUGAUGAAAGAGUACGAUGCAGCAAAAUCUUGGACUCAACAAUAUAUCAUAGAUUUAGAAAAUCAUGGAGGUUUCGGGAGGGUGCUUAGCGUUCAAGGGAAUGGUGGCAUUGUUAUUGCGAAGCGUGAUGGUGAGAUAGCUUCUUAUGACCCUCAGACACAAAGGGUCACCCCACUUGGGAUCGAUGGACGUUAUUUCAAAGUGCAUUCUUACACAGAAAGCCUUGUUUUACUCAAGGGAAAAAGGAACAAGGUUAAGCAAGUAUAAAAGAUUAAUGUUAUGGCUGCCACCAGGCCCACCACAACUGCGGUAACCUUUGGCCCUCCUUCUGGCGGAUCCACCCAAUUCCAGAGAUGGGGAGCCUCAUUUUAGUCAAGGGAAAAGGAACAACAAGAAGUUUAAAGCAAGCUUACAAGAGUAAGUGAAUUCUUAGCAAACUAUUCUAAAAAUACACUGCUCAAUUAGGUUUCACCGUAUAUAUUUUUGGUUUUUUGAUGCUUUCUUUGAUCAUGAAACUGAAACGCGCAUAAUCCCCCAAUUUAACCGUCCUUUUGAUGAAUUUUAUGAUAUUUAUGUAACUGAAAAUUUGGGAUUGUGUGUUCAUGUUACUGUUUGGUCUGGGUGUCUUAUUGAAAAUAUGGCCAUCCCUUCAUUCAAGGGGACGAAUAUGUGCGAGCAUCAGGUUAUGAUUCUAAAAUGAACAGAGUUUAUGGUUUUAGGUCAGGUUAAUUCAUGGAGGACUAUUGGCAUCUAAAAUGUUUAUGAUGAUGCUUAAUGUUUUGGUUUGUGAUGAUUUAUGUCGUAUGAUUUCUCUGGUAGUGUUUGGUAUUAUGAUUGUUGCAUUUGGGUGUUGAAUAAGUGCGGUUGGAGAAAACCACCACGUAGUUUGUUUUGCAAGAUUAUGGAGGGUUAGUUAGGGUACUAAGCUUUAGAAGACAUUGUAAAAUUCUGCUUCAGAUAAGUAGUGAAUUGGCUUCAUGUAAAUGGUUUAUUUUGCACGUUUCAAAUACAUUACUCUGUAAAUCAACUGUUAAUCCAAAUUUCUCCUGUUUAAGUUAAUAAGUUUCGCAUUGGUACAAA